GAGAGGCACGUCGCAUUCUGACGUGCGUAACUUUGAGUGCGAAACGUAAUAAAUUCAAAAAACACAGCUUUUGUGCUCCUAACUAAAUUUUAGUGGGUGAAAAAAUGUAGUUUAAUUGUAUGUUUGUGUUAUCCUGGAUAUAGUGAUAAAAUAUUAUCGAGCUUUCGAUAAUAAUAACAAGGCGAAAUCAAUCAUACCCGCAUGACGAAACAUGGGGAGCGCCGGCAACAAUACCACAUUAUAUGACAUCGGCCGCAUAGAUGAGGCCGCGAUUCAAAGCAACUUCAACGCAGUGCUGACAAGAACAAUAAUAUGGCCGGUAGAGAGAUGUUUGCAAGCGAAUCUGAUAAACGACACUUCGGAAGACCUGCUAACGCGAACUAUCGUGUCCAACGGCACAGAGAUACAAUGCUUGGAGCACGCGCCAGUACUGACAAGGAGUACGGUGUUCAGAGCGAGCAUACUCUUCCUGAUGGCCAUAAUUUCGUUCAUCGGGAACUUCGCGACGAUGAUAAGCGUCCGCAGAGGGAAGAGAAGUAGACGAAGAGCGCGGCCAUCUUGGACGGCAAUAUACAGUUUGAUAUUCCAAUUGAGUAUAGCUGAUCUGCUGGUGACGAUAUUCUGCCUAGCCGGGGAAGCUGCUUGGUCGUUCACAGUGCAAUGGUACGCGGGAAACGUUGCCUGCAAGCUGUUCAAGUUCGCUCAAAUGUUCUCUCUGUACUUGAGCACGUUUAUCUUGGUCCUCAUCGGAGUAGACCGAUGGCUGGCCGUGAAAUAUCCAAUGAAGAGUAUGGCGACGGCGACAAGGAAUGGAAGAAUGGUCAUUAUCGCAUGGAUCCUCAGUCUACUGCUGAGUUUGCCUCAGACAAUAGUUUUUCGCGUGGCUCGAGGUCCGUUCUACGAGGAGUUCUAUCAAUGUGUGACCCACGGGUUCUAUACUGAGCAGUGGCAGGAGCAGGCCUAUACCAGCCUCUCCCUGGUCUUCAUGUUCCUUCUACCGCUACUAGUGCUGGUCUGCACAUACGUCUCCACCGUUAGGACUAUAUCAGAGAGCAAGAAAGUAUUUCAACCGGAGGUUACAAAGAAUGAGAAGUACAUAACACCGGAUGUGAACCGGCGACGGUUGAUCGACCGGGCGAAGAUGAAGUCGCUGAGGAUGUCAGUGGUGAUCGUAACCGCCUUCAUCAUCUGGUGGACGCCGUAUUAUGUCAUGAUGAUCAUUCUUACUUUCUUGAAUCCGGACAGAAACCUCACCGAAGACCUGCUCUCUGGGAUUUUCUUCUUCGGCAUGUCGAACAGUCUGGUCAACCCAGUGAUAUACGGCGCGUUCCACUUGUGGCCGAAGCGGAAACGCUCGCGACACAGCGACAGAGAGUCCGGCGGUAAUCGGGCAUCCCUUCUUCGCAGCAACGACCGGACGGCGUCCGUGAGACUCACCACCAUACGCUCCAUCCGCUCGUCUCUAAAGUACACCAACGGCAACGGGACUAGCGCGAGCGUGUUAUAGUUGACGGGACAUCAAUGCCAGUGCUAUAACUGUGACAAUACGCUUGAAAAACGGAAAAGUGUUAUAGUGAAUGGGACACCAGUGACCCAUUGUCUGUAAAGUGUAAAACGAUAACUGAACCAGUGCAAAGUGUUUUAGGUUUUCAGACAAAGUUACAAACUGUUAUCUUGAAAAGUUUAAAUGUGUUAUAGUGAUUAGGACACCAAUAAUGCUAAAGAUUUAAAAUCGGACCAUGUUGUCGUUGAUAGGACAACUCAGUGCCCGGGUUCAACUGAGGAUGCGCCUCAUAAAAAGUGUGUGUUCUAGGUUCUAGGAGAAUAUCCACUAUCCAGUCAACGAUCAAAUUUAUAUAUGACGGCGAAAGCAGCGUUAGCGUAUUAUAGUUGUCAGGACACCAGUGCCAGUGUUACACAUGUAUCAUGUGCUUCCCUAUUGUGUCAUUGACGUUAUAGUUAUUGGGACAGUGCCGGAUUGCCUAUGAAGUGCAUAAUAAAACUAAGGGAACUUAAAUUAACCAAAAUACCUCUAUAUAACAGUGACAGGAACACUAUUAUGAGCAUAAUGGGACUCAUUAUUUUGUAUCUAAAGUACAAUGGCAACUAAUCUUGCGCCAGCGUGUUAUAGUUAUGAGACACCAGUGAAGACGUGGUAAAACUGUG